GCCCGAUCUCGCCCGAACGGGUCAAUGUCUGAGGAGGCAUCGAAAAAUCCAUGGUCGGUGUGGUGUUGCCGUGCAUGACGAGGUAGAGAAGUCGUCGCUGAUCGCCGAGUAUCGUUCGAUAUUGCCGCGUGAACGCGCGCGCGCGCGCGCCCCUUUUCCCCGUGCACUUUCCGCGUAACGCCGCGAUAUAUCGGGUGGCUGCUGCGAGAGAGCUCUGCGUGUCGCCUCUGGUCGGACACCGGACCGGAGAACGCAAGAGAAAGAGAGACAGCGAGAGAAGAGCGAGGCGGACCGAGUGCCGAUUACGGGCGGUGAACGCGAGAACCCUAUACGACAACGACGAGAACGGCGGCGACAGCGACGACGACGGCGACCGCGACCGCGACCGCGACCACGACCACCAGCACGACGACGAGGAUUCGCUGUCGAGUCCGAGCGCUGUCGAGAACAGGUACGACGACGACGUGAGAAAGACAGAGAAACGCGUACGAGACCGCGCACGCGAUCCUCUUACUUCGUAAUUGUGGAAUCGCGCGCAAGCGACAGCAACGCGGCAAGAUGCAGCGCGGAAGCCUGCCAGAUAUCGGCGAUGAGUAGCCCGACGAAUGAAACCGGAGCCGGAGUGACGAGAUUAUUAGCGUAGUGCGACAAGGACAGACAGUUACGGAAAGUAAGACAGCGGGGAAAAAAAAAGAGUACGAGAGAAAGAAGGAACAAGUGAGUGAGCGAGCGAGCAAGCAAACGAGAGAGAGAGAGAGAGAGAGAGAGACACAGACAGACAGUCAGUCAGAGUCAAUCGGUGUGAAGUAAGGCGGCGGUGUUCUCUCGCGUGUGUGCGAGAGAGAGGGACAAGAAGCGGUGCCAAGAUAGCCGCUCUCGCACGGCGAAGGAGGAACGGAAAGACAGACAGACAGACAGACAGACGGACAGAGACCGAGCAACGCGACAUCGUCGUCGUCGUCGGCCCACCGCACGGUGGCGCGCGAGAUACGUCGUCGACGGGCGGUCGAGACGAGCGAGUACGAGCUGCGUGAACGAGUGCCACGAAAAAACCGGGACCGAGGAAAGAAUCGCUUCGCCGUGGAAUCGCGCGCGCGGCGGAAGCGACGUUAUAGAGACAGGCGAGUGAGGAGUUCGUAAAGCGCGAGAACGCACGCGCGCGCGCGCGCCUCCACCGCGGCAGCCGCCGUAUAUCGCGUACGAGCCGUCCCAAAAACGUUGGCCCAUCGACGACGCUCGCACCCCUCGCUGUUCACCAGCAGCGCUCCGCAGCGUCGUCCCGCGCCCUCCUCCGCUCAUUGGCUGGCGGCAUCGCGUUUCUCUCGGGGAUCAGCCGCCGUCGCCGUCAUCAUCGUCGUCGGGAGCAGCAACGACGGCAACGCUCGUUCGCCGCAGCACGACGUCGCGUCCCAGGAAUGUUCCGCCUGUGAACGGAACGUGAAACGGUGAGAGCAACGCGACAAACGAGGAGGAGAUCGCGUCCGGUGUGACCAACGUGAUCGCGCUCGGGUGCCGAGAGAGUGCGCGUUUUGUGGCCGUCGCGCGGUAGCAGUGCGUCGACAGAAGAGAAAGAAGAGAGAGAGAGAGAGAGAGAGAGGGUGGGUGGUGUUGAAAGGAAGAAAGAAAAAGAGAGAUAGAGAGUACGUGAGUACGUGUGCACGCAUCGCUGACGGGAAUUGUAUGCGCGGUGCGCGCGAACAACCGGUCUCACGUUUGUUCGCUCGUUCGCUCAUCCGCUCAUCCGCCUGCCAAAUCGUGUGUCAAUUCGCGCGUGUGUGCCGUCUGUCCAUCGCUCGUACGCGAACGUACGUGCAUUCGCCGUCGGUACGCGUACACGUCGCUGCUGUCGCGGCACGCCACACACAGGAGAGAAAGAGAGAGAGAGAGAGAGAGGGAGAGGAGUGAGUGAGUGAGUGAGUGAGUGACUGACUGAGGAGAGCCGAGCGGCGCCGCGCGCGCUCUCUCUCGAGCGGAUCGUCGGAGCAGAAAGGAGACGACGACGACAAGGCGGCAAGCUCCGGGAAAAGAAAUCGCCCACAAGGAUCACGGAGAGGAGGAUACGGCCGUGAAGAUCGCAGCGGCUACGCGGUGUGUCGCGUUUCCGAUUUCGCGUUAUUUCUCCCUUUUCGUCACUCCCACCCCUUUCCGCCGCCCGCGCCACCUUGAUCCAGCCCCGUCCCGUCACCCCUCUCUCGCGCUCUCUCUUUCUCUCUGUCCUCUCCGGUUGUUCCUUCAUUCUUCCUCUUUACUCUUCUUCCAGCCGACCGUCGAUCGAGCCGUCGCGCGGCCGUGGCGACGUAACGCAGAGGACGCGGAUAAGAUAGAAACACACGAACGCGUGAAGGGAGAAAAGGGGGAAAGUGAGGCAGAGUGAAAGAAUCGGCGGCGGAAACAGCGAAGGAAGAAGAAAAAGAAGAGAGUGUGAAAAGGAGAAAGAGUGAAUUAGCUGCGCGCCGUGCGUACGUCUGUGCGUACGCGCGCGUGCGGUUACGGUGCGUGCGUGCGUGUGUCGCCGCGGUGAGCAGCGCGAGCGGAUCGCGCGCGCUCCUCGUGCGAUGUGAUAAUCGCGGUGUGCGGUUCCGUCAUUGAUGUGCGAGGUGGUGUUGACGACGACGACGACGACGUCGACGACGAGGAGCGCCAGCACUAUCAGCACCACCGCCACCGCCGCCGCGACUAGGGGCUGCUUUUUGACGUGCACGUACGCGCGGUGGCGUAGGAGGGGGAGGAGGAGGAGGAGAAAGUGCUACUGCCGGUGCCGGCCGAGGAGGCGGCCAACGACGACGAGCCGGGCGACAAUAGCCGAGGAGGAGAAGGCGGUGGCGGUCGAGACAGCCUCAGGAUGAGCGGACGACCGAGGACCACCUCCUUCGCCGAAGGCAACAAGCCGCCCACGAACCCACCCUUGGGAGGCAUGAAAAUUAGCAGUGGUGCGAUGUACAAUGCAGGCAAGGAUGGCAGCAAGGUGACGACCGUCGUGGCAACCCCCGGCGCCGGACCGGACCGCCCCCAAGAGGUCGCCUACACAGAUACUAAAGUAAUCGGCAAUGGCAGCUUCGGCGUAGUGUACCAAGCUAAACUCUGCGACUCAGGCGAGAUGGUUGCCAUCAAGAAGGUUCUUCAGGACAAACGAUUUAAGAACAGGGAAUUACAAAUCAUGCGUCGACUCGAGCAUUGCAACAUCGUGAAACUCAAAUAUUUCUUUUACUCUAGUGGUGAUAAGAAGGACGAGGUUUAUCUCAAUCUAGUCCUGGAAUACAUACCCGAAACUGUGUACAAAGUCGCCCGACACUAUAGCAAAAGCAAGCAGACGAUACCAAUCAGUUUCAUCAAGCUGUACAUGUAUCAACUGUUUCGUUCGCUGGCGUAUAUCCACUCGCUGGGUAUUUGCCACAGGGACAUCAAGCCGCAGAACUUGCUCCUGGACCCGGACACGGGUGUGCUGAAGCUGUGCGACUUCGGCUCGGCCAAACACCUGGUCAAGGGUGAACCCAACGUGUCUUACAUCUGCAGUCGCUACUACCGCGCGCCUGAGCUCAUCUUUGGUGCUAUCGACUACACUACGAAGAUCGAUGUAUGGAGCGCAGGUUGCGUGCUGGCGGAAUUGCUUCUUGGCCAGCCGAUAUUCCCUGGUGACAGUGGCGUAGACCAGCUCGUCGAGAUUAUCAAAGUCCUCGGUACGCCUACACGCGAUCAGAUACGUGAGAUGAACCCCAACUAUACCGAAUUCAAAUUUCCACAGAUUAAGUCACAUCCCUGGCAGAAGGUGUUCAGGGCGCGUACGCCGCCGGAAGCGAUGGAUCUGGUAGCACGACUGCUGGAAUACACCCCGUCUUUGCGGAUGACGCCGCUGCAGGCGUGCGCGCACUCGUUCUUCCACGAGCUGCGCGAACAGGGCACGCGGCUGCCGAGCGGCCGCGAGCUGCCGCCGCUCUUCAACUUCACCGAGCACGAGCUGCGGAUCCAGCCGGUGCUCAACUCCAUGCUGAUACCGAAGUACAUGCAGUCGUCCACGGAUAAUCCCGGCGGCGGCGGAGGUGGCGGCGGUGGCGGAGGCCAGUCGGAAGCCACAGGCGUCGCCGUCGGCGGCGCGGCGGGCGCCAGCGGUAACUCUAGCGAUAGCUCUAGCGUCAAUCCCAACAACACCACCACCACGACCACCACCACGAGCAACACUAACACCAACACCACCCAUAACGCCGACAACCCCGGCCAAUCGAACAUGGCCUGAGCCACUACCAGUCGCUUCAUCACUCUCUUUCUUUGAUUUCUUUUCUUCCCCCACUCGAUAUCUCCCUCUCCCCCACCCGUCUUUAUCCUUUUUCUUUUCUAACGUUAUUAUAUCAGUUAGAGUGUAAGUAGUCGUUCAAGGUGGGUGACGCGGUGUUGACCGCCUGCCCUGCCCCUCCACAGGGGAGAACCUUCUGACGAGGAUGUCCGCGCUUGUGCGAAAGAAUGCGAGUUUCUCGAUGCGAUAUUAAUUAAUUAAUCGAGCAGAGCGUGGCCAUACCGCUACUGCCCCGAAACAGCGUAUAGAUUUGUAAGAUUCUUACAAUUUUUCCCAUGUAGAAAGAGAGAGAGAGAGAGAGAGAGAGAGAGAGAGAGAGAGAGAGAGAGAGAGAGAGCGAAGAGCGUAUGUCGAUUGCGAUUGCAACGGGAAAUGUCGCGGGUCGCAGCCCGCGUUCUCUCGGCAGGCUCGCGAAUAUCUCGGGGUAUAUGUACAUAGGAAGAAAUAUCCAAAUCGUUUUCACUUUUAGUAACAUUUAAUAAACCGCCAAACCGCGCGCGAUUCUAGUUGAGGAAGAAGCAGGAGGAAAAUGUGUAAUCCGACGUUUAGUAACUUGUACGUUUUCUUAAGACACUGCGACCAUCGUGCAAAGCUUCUGCAAAGUUCCGCCUUGUUGCCGCCGAGUCGAUUUCAGUGUGUGUGUAUAUAUGUAUAUAUACACAUACACACAUAUGUAUGCAUGUGUAGAUGCCGGUUAUAUGCCCUUUUCGAUCUCGACAAUUGCUACCUUAGCUGAGAAUCACAGCCGGAGAGAGAGAGAGAGAGAGAGAGAGAGAGAGAGAGAGAGAGAUCUUCGUGUGUGUGUGUGUAUGUAUAUAUAACGUUCCAAGUGAAGUUUAGGUUAACGUUUUGACAGAAAAAGAGAAGGAGAAAGAAACGCCGGCUGCGAAAGAUCAGCUCUCGACGAUCGUAACAGAAAGAUCAUUUUGCGGUUAGCGCUCGUGAUACUAUUCGCUUGCGCGACAAGUUGUCGAGGCGAAUUUGGUGUACUGUAUAUAGAGAAAUCGGUCCCUCUGUAACUGCUAAAAGUGACACUAGUUAAAAAGUAAUCUAAAAAGAUAUAUAAUCGAAGGUCGAGUCGCAUUCGCAAGGUGCGCAUAGAACGUUCCUUCUUGACAACAACGAUGACUCGGUUUUCCUGAGUGACUGAAUGGAAAGCUUCAUCCGUACGCGUGAUAAUCCGACAACAUGCCAAUAACGUGACUUUUUGUGAAAACAUUGCGAAAUCGGCUUGACCAUACCGAAGAUGACCGAAGGAGACCGUCGGUCUCGCGCCGUUGGCUCGUCUCAUUUUAGCGGCUUCGUAGAUUCGAAACGCACAUUAACGACGAAGACUCACUAGUAGUUGCGUUUAGCAGAGGAAGCUGUUCUACGACUGUCGUAAAAUUCGUGAGUCUAACUGGCGUGUACUCUUAAUCUUAGUUAAAUCUAAGAGCACUUAUUAGAUUUACGGAUUUUAUACAAUACUUGCAAACUUCCUUUAUUAAACGCAGUCAACGCAUUAAACGCGGCAACAUGGAAAACAAUGUGUCCGACACAGACAGGCUCAUUGUCUCGUCUCGAAGAUAUUCUUCGUGCUGCGUUCAAAUCUCCGAGCGAAGAGACACGCAUUGUGUCCCUUUUGACGCAAAGAAUGAAAAACUGACAAGUUAUUGGGACGCAUUAGAGCGUGAACGAGAAGACCGUCAGCAACAGAAUCUGCCGCAUCUCGUCGAUGUCAACGACGCUUCGUGUUAUCGCCACUUUUAUUACAUACUCUUUCGAGACGGUUUCGAUUUUUCAUGUACUCGACGUCGCGACGCGCUGCCACACAUCGCUUGACCGGCAAAUCGCUGAAUCGUCGUUUUUGUCAUGCGCCACUUCUCUCGCGCGACUUUUCGAACUUGGCUUUCCAAAUUUUCGCCUCGUAUGUGUCGCCUUUUUUUCCUUUCUUUUUUUUUUCCUUUUUCUUUUUCUUUUUAUCCCUCAUGACGAACCUCUUCUGACUGAUUUAGCGGAGCGAUUUACUUUUUAAGCCGACGACAUGUCAUAAAUAUACACACACACGUACCAGAUUGUCUUGCGAUCAUAAUGAUGAAUUUAACGACGGAUAUUCGGAUCCUGCAAUACCAAGCGGACUCGCUUUCACGAAAACAUAAAACGAAGGUAAGACAAGAGAAAGUGUGCAAACUUGAUGAGAAAGGAAGAGAAAGAAAAAGAGCGAACGCGAACGACAUGUUGAAGAGGAAGAUGAGGAAAGAGCGUGAGAAGGAAGCCCUCAAAAUUAGAGUUUUAUCAAUGUUGAAAAGUAUGAAUUAAGUUGUUUUUUUUUUAACCAUUAGCUUUUUCUCUCUUUAUUUUUCCUUGUUUCUUUUUUCGUUAGUUCGUGAUAAUCGUAUCUCGUUUAAUUUUAAUCAGAGUUAUUAUUCGUAUUAUCGAUUCUAUCCCUCUCAUCCCCCAAUCGGUUUUCCAGAAGAGAUAAUACGAGAUAAUACAGAACAUUUUUUGGAAUGUGCUUCCAGCCUCGAAGAGAAGCAAAACCGAUACAUUUAAGAGACACAGAAAAAAAGAAAGAGAACGAACUUGAAAGAGAGGAAUCGUUGUAAUCGAGCGACUUUCUCACAACUUUGACAGAAUCUUUGCUAAAAGUUUAACCGAUUAGUGCGGCGAAUAUCUCGCUGAUGCGAUUUGACUGCGAUUUCUGAAAAAAAAAUUCCCAAGAUUCUUGCCGCUUAAGCAAGACCGACUGUAAACUUGCGUUUCUGCGAAUCGUUCAUUUCUUGGGCGACUCCGAGCAAUUUUCAGACAUACAUGCUCACUGUAGUGAUGUAGUCAGGAGCCUCUUCACCGUUGAGUCACGAUCAACAAUGAAGAGCAGAAGAAAGAAAGAAAGAACGAUCGAGUCCGUCGGCAAUGUCGAACGCGGUUAAUAGUAACUUGGACUUGUAAUAACGCAAAUAAAUCAAUGUACAGAUUUAAAAAACGGGAAAAGAAGAGAAAAAUGUCGUUUGAGACGAUCGCCGUGUCGACACUUUUUUUCUCAAGUCUCUGUCGAGCGCUGGCAACUGAACGAGCACUUGAGUCGAGAGGAGAAAAAUAUCAUAUUUAUACGAACGAACGUGUCACGAAAAGAAGGUUAAGCAUGUUCGGGCGGAAUUUAGUUUGUCAGUCGAUCAUUUUAAGUGUUUUGGACUUUGUGACGUUACAUGUACUUUCGAAAAAAAGAAAAGGAAAGGAAGCGAUCAUCCAGUCGUUUCGAGCAGCGCGUUCGUGCGAAUUUUCGACGAAAGAACGAGGACAAUCGCCUGAGGUCGUAUCUUAGACCCAUAACGAACGUUAAAUACGCUUUUUCGAUAUCUUGAGCUGAAACAACGUCAUUCGUAAAACAAUAAGAAAAACUGAUCUUGAAGUCAGAAAGGCGUAUUUAAUGUUCGUCAUGCGAGCUAGAGGGAAACUGGAUUUUCCAUCUGUCCGGAAGUGCGAAUCGAGGAGCGUCGGUCUCCGUUUCAUACACUUCUUCGUGGGCGCGGUACUUGCUUCAGGGUCUCUCGUGUGACACAUCGGGAGAAGCAUCUGGAAAGUGCGGAGAAGCCGUGCUACACGAAGCGACCGAACCAUCCCAAACGUGCGCAUGUUUUAUACACGAAUAUCGAACCGUAUGAGAUGAACGUAAAUUGUUGAUUAUUUAUCGUAAUUAUUAUUAUUAUUAAUAAAUGAAUUCAUCGAUUUAAUUUACAUUGAUUCCUCUCUCUCUCUCUCUCUCUCUCUCUCCGAUAUUCUGCGCCUCUCUCAUGUCCCGUCUCGCCGCGAGAAACAAGAGCACCUGCGAGAGAAACCGACGCGGGAGAAGAGCUAGUGUAAAAUACUGAAAGUUCUACAUAAAAUAUCAGGAUCGAUCGGAGGAUUCGUUCGCGCUGUUGUUUCCCCUCUACGAGUGUUCGUCUCUCCUCGCUUCUCCUCCUCUACGAUUGUCAAGAGCGCGCGACGAGCGGGCGAGGAGAUAAAUAAGAAGCGAAACCUGGUGUCGGAAGCGAACGAAUUUUGCGAUCGAUCUAUAAUUAAAGUAUAUAAAAAAUAUUACGUAUAUGUAUAAAAUAAAGUAACGUUGAUCUGCAUGUGUGUACAUGUGUGCGGAUUAAUUUUAACAAUAAUAAUAAUAACGACGUUGAGAGAGAUAGAGAAGAUUACAACGUUUACAUUACUGUUGUAAAGAAACCGAAGCGGGAAGAGGGGCUCGCGCCCCUCUCGAGCGAACGAAGUGUCCCUUCCUCGUUCGCGACAGCAUCUCAUUCACAAUCUCCCUUUUAUCCUGUACUCCUCAGCCCCAACCGCGUCAUCGUUCGCGCCCCAUGCCCGUGGUGCGGCGGAUGAAGUGUAACAAUUGUGUAAAGAGAGAAAAAAAGGUUAAUAAACUAAUUUAAUAUGUACAUAUACGCGUGUGUAUAUGCGUGUUGGCGUGUGUAUGUGUGCGUGCACGCACACGUGUCAAGUUGGUGCAAGUAGCUUGUCCUCUCGCUGAAGUUCCACUUCAAACUUCGUUUCGAAUCGAGGAGCUUUCGAGAGGAGAACUGAAACGGAGAGAAAAAGAGAGGGAGAGAGAGAUGGACGGAAAAAGAGUGCUGUGAAGGAGGAUCGAUGGAAUUGAAAAAAUAAAAAAAUAAUUCUCGUGAAAAAUGGAGUUUUUCCACGGCACGGGAUUGACGUCUCGCGAAAAGGACCUUGUUAUUCGCUGUUUAAUUGCUAAAUUUAAUGGUCGAAUUGUCCAACUGUUGAAUCCAACUGUAGUCCUCGCGAGCGAGAUUUCGUCUUUUCGAGUCGGUCCGACGAACUUUUUGCAUGAACCGAUUACAUUUUCGCUAAUAAUGCUUCGUUCGCGACGUUGUUUCCGUCGCGAGUCGCACGCUAAUAUCCGCAUAAGGUAAGAAACGCUAAAUCGUCACGGUGUAUCGACGAGAAACACUCUGUCUCUCUCAGUCUCCGCUGUUCUCCCGAGAAGAUCGUAUCGUGUAUGUAAGCCGAUUGUGUUACGACACACGCGCAUAACGUAUGUGCGUGUGUGUAUGUGUGAUGUGUGUGUGUGUGUGUGUGUAUGUGUGUGUGUGUGUACGCAUUAAUCAACAGAUAUUCUCGGUAUCUCAAAGAGAUCACGUGUAGCACUCUCGGUCGACUGCGGGACGAAGUCGCUGUUCAAUUAGCAAAUUCCCAAUAAACACUAACCAAUAGUAACAUUA